AUUAUGACAGUAUUUAAAUCCAUCAGUACACGUAUGUUGUUUUAAUUGAUGUCAAAGUAUAGUUUUGAAAAUAUAUAAUUUUUUUUAAAAUUAAACAUAUAAUAAAUCUGAUAAUAUGACGUCUUUAAGACUAAAACAACUAAGUGCAAUAAAACAAAUGUUGAAUUUAAAUCAACCCCAGACAAAGUUAACAGCGUCUGAUCCAGUUUGGAAGAUAUUAAUUUACGAUAGAGUAGGACAAGAUAUAAUGUCACCGUUAAUUUCAGUAAAAGAAUUACGAGAAGAAGGUGUAACGCUUUUCGUACAAUUACAUUCAGAUCGAGAUCCCAUUCCCGACGUUCCUGCGAUUUAUUUUUGUACCCCAACACAAGAAAAUUUGGAUAGAAUUAGUCAGGAUUUUCAAAAAGGAACCUACGACAUUUAUCAUCUCAAUUUUAUAUCUCCCAUUUCGAGAGAAAGAUUGGAGGAUUUAGCUUCUUCUGCGAUAACUGCUAAUAGUGUCGCUAAUAUACAUAAGGUCUACGACCAAUAUGUUAAUUUUAUUUCGUUAGAAGACGAUUUGUUUGUAUUGAAACACCAAAAUAGCGAUGUUAUUUCUUAUUAUAAUAUAAAUAGGGGCGAUAUAAAAGAUUCUGAAGUUGAUUUUAUAAUGAAUAACAUUGUUGAGUCACUAUUUUCCGUAUUUGUCACGUUAGGUACAGUACCCAUAAUUAGAUGUCCUAAAGGUAAUGCAGCCGAAAUGGUUGCUGAUAAAUUAAAAACCAAAUUGACCGAAAAUCUGUUUGAUACUAGAAAUAAUUUGUUCAUCUCGGAUGCUCAAUCUGGCAAUUUCAAUUUCCAAAGACCUCUAUUGAUAAUUUUGGAUAGAAACGUAGAUGUUGCAACACCUCUACACCAUACUUGGACUUAUCAAGCUCUAGCACACGAUUUAUUAGAAUUAUCGUUAAAUCGAGUUAUAAUUGAAGAAUCUACUCCUAGCGGAGGUGUUAGGGCGAAAAGUAGAUCUUGCGAAUUGGAUUCAAAAGACAAAUUUUGGUGUACGCAUAAGGGUAGUUCGUUUCUUACAGUAGCCGAAGCGAUCCAAGAAGAAUUGGAGCAGUAUAAAUCGUCGGAAGAAGAAGUUAAGAAAUUGAAAAGCUCUAUGGGAAUCGAAGGGGAAAGUGAUUUCGCGAUAACCAUGGUAUCGGAUAAUACUGCAAAAAUAACGUCGGCUGUAAAUUCAUUGCCGCAGCUAUUAGAAAAGAAGCGUCUCAUUGACAUGCACACGUCCGUUGCGACGGCUAUUCUAAAUUGUAUCAAGUCUAGAAAAUUGGAUACUUUUUACGAAUUGGAAGAAAAAAUUAUGGGUAAAGCUCAGGGUUUGGAAAAACAGCUUAUGGACGUGAUAACGGAUCCGGAGAUGGGACAACCUGAAGAUAAAUUGAGAUUAUUCAUGAUUUAUUUUAUUUGUACGCAAAACAUCACCGAUCAAGAUAUGAGGAAAUAUGAAACUGCUCUAACCGAAUCUGGGUGUGAUUUAUCGCCGCUUUUAUAUAUAAAAAGGUGGAAGAGUUAUAUGAAAAUGGCAAGUAGUGUGGUUAAUCGUUACGAAAGUGCUGGAACAAAAACUGUGAAUAUGUUUUCGAAAUUGGUGUCCCAAGGAUCAAGUUUAGUUGCCGAAGUUAAAAAUUUAGCCUUGUCGAGGCAUAAUUUACCUGUGACUAGAAUAGUCGAUAACUUGAUGGAGUUUAAGAAUAGUUCUGAAAUGGAUGAGUACCGUUAUAUGGAUCCGAAACAACCGAAAUUAUCAGAAACUCCUAGAAACAGAUCAUCGUUUCAGGAAGCUAUAGUUUUCAUUGUAGGGGGAGGAAACUACAUCGAGUAUCAAAAUUUAAUGGAUUACGCAAAGAAAAAAACAACUGCGGGUAACACGAAGAGGAUUUCUUACGGUUCUACGACGUUUUAUAAUGCCAAACAAUUCCUAAAACAAUUAUCUUUAUUAGGACAAGAGUUAUAGUAUUAAAAAUUUGUUUAUUUCUA